AAGCAGGAGGCAUCAGAUUACCAUCAAAAGUUGCAAGAUGCAGAGGCGAAGAUCGUUGAGCUCGCAGAAAAUUUGAAGCAGAAGGAAAAGAUGAAUCAAGAUCUCAACGACCAGAAAGAUGAUGCAUACAAGCGCAUGGAGGACAUUCAAAGGAAGGUUGUUGACAUGGAGGCAUCUUUCAAUCAGAGGGAAGCCGAGCUGUUGUCCUCCAAGCAGAGCCUGGAGGAAGAAUAUCGCAAGUUGGAGGAACAGAACUCUUUGUCUUCAAUGCAGUUUCAAAAACUGUGCGAGGAGAGCACAAGGUUGCUGAGCGCGUGUGAGAAUGAGAAAGAUUUGAGGACGAAGCUUGAGGCGGCUUUGCACAUCAAAGAACGGCAGGUCUCGUCUCUGAUGGAGAUGAAUGCGAGAUUGUCUGCAGAUCUCUAUGUCUCGAACCUCAAGGGACCUGGUAUUCCUCCUCUCCGAGAGAACUUCUCUACUGCCACGGAGGCACCACGUGGGACUUCCGAUCUUGAGGGAGGAAUGGAAUCCAGGAUGCAGCCGAGUGCUUGGCAGAAGAAGGAGGACUCGCCUCGUCGCUUCGAGCAAGCACCAGCUCAAGGCGGCGGGUAUCAUGCAGGGUUAUCAUCUCCGUUCCAAGAGUUUCCUCCGAGGUCAAGAGACGAGCCAUCUAGCAUGCUGUACAUGGGCGGAGAGAAGCGAGGCGCCAAUAUGAACAUAUCCUCGACUCUCAAUGCCAGCGCCCACGGGGAGAUGUCAAUGGACAGAAAGCGGUUGAUGGAAGAGAUUGAAAGUUUGAUAUCAUCGUUGCAGACACGAUCAAGUUGAUAACGUCAAGAUGGAUCUUGAUGCUUCGGAUACAUGUGCGCACAUUCAAUAAAUCUCGCUGUCAAUCAUC